AUGAAAGAGAUCAAGUCAUAUGAUGCAACUAGGAUUAGCUAUGUGAAUUCAAAGGAAAAUCCAGCGAACGUUGCAACGAGAGGAGCAACCAUAAAUGACUUGCACGACAACAAACUUUGGUGGAAUAGACCAAAAUGGCUAACAGAAAGCCUCGAAUUGUCCUCUAAAAUAGUGAAUAAUGAUACUGAAGAUUUGGAUACAGAUAUUGAAAGUACACAGGCUGUGAAAAGUAAUUCUGGAAAUUUAGAGACUGUAUUUCAUGACGGAGAAAGUGUGUCAAUUUCAAAUACAGUAGAUAACGAACGUGUACAUGACAAUAUCUGUGUUUCGUUUGAGAUAGAGAGUACAAAGUUCUCUUCUGUUGACAAAUUGAUCCGUAUUACUGCCUUUGCCAAACAAUUCAUCAAGCAAAUCAGGAAACAAAAUGCACAGCUUAAGAAGACACAGAUUCUUACUACUGACCGUAUGACAGUACAAGUUGAUGAUAGUGAUUCCAGCAGUGUUGAAAGUGAUUCUAGUGGUGAUGAUAGUGUUAAAAUUGAUGAUAAAAAUGAAGUCAUCGAUGAAGACGCUAGCGAUUCGAUUCGAGCAAAUAAGGAAGAUGGAAAGGAUGAAAAUGAUGAAGAUGAUGGUUCAAUGACUGAAGGUAAAAGUUAUAGAAAUGUUGGAGAUAGCAUAGAUAUAAAUGAAGAUGAAAAGAAUGUAAAUGAAAAUGAUUAUAAUAAAACGACUGAAGCUGAAACUGAAAAAGGUGUUGAUUACAGCAUUACGAUAGACGAAAAUUGUGACCAUGAUGUUGAAGAUGACAAAAUGGCUGAGAAAGAAACUGAUAAAGAAUGA